AUGUUUCGCACAGCAAGUUUUUCGGUGCGCAAAGCUGUGUCAAGAGUUCGCCCAAGGAUCUCGGAACCAUUUUGGAGCCCAGCCAGCCGUGUACAAUGGCGCCUAGCGUCUCUGCAUGUUAAACGUGCCGGGGGCCGAUCUCUGCUCCCAGGUGUUGCGCUUGGUGUUGCUGGCCUGGGUGUCGGUGGCCUGAUUGUCGCAUCGAUGACAAUGGUCAAGCCAGAUGUGAUUGAGUACGCAAAUAGAGACACCAUGUUAAAGGCAGCACGUGAGAUCGAGACUCUACUGGGCAAAGACGGCAUCAGCUAUGAUGAGAGCGUCAUCGAGGCUCAUGGCUACUCUGAUUGGUCUACAUCCAACUCUACAGGCCGGCCCAUAGCAAUCGUCUAUCCAGAGACUACCGAGCAAGUCUCAAGCAUUGCCAAGAUAUGCCACCACUAUGAUACACCAAUGAUUCCAUUCGGCGCCGGAUCCUCUGUUGAAGGCAACUUCUCUUCGCCAUACAGUGGAAUUUGCGUGGAUUUUGUCAACAUGGAUAAAGUUAUUGAAUUUCAUCCCAAUGACAUGGAUGUAGUGGUACAGCCCGGAGUCAAUUGGAUGAACUUGAAUCAGCAAAUCAAGGACAGUGGAUUGUUUCUCCCACUAGAUCCAUCGCCUACAGCUAGUAUUGGGGGUAUGGUAUCAACGAAUUGCAGUGGGACCAAUGCCUUUCGUUACGGAACCAUGAAAGAUUGGGUAAUCAACCUUACUGUGGUACUUGCCGAUGGUCAGAUUAUCAGGACCAGACAUCGACCAAGAAAGACUUCGGCAGGUUAUAACUUGACAUCUCUGUUCGUUGGAGCUGAAGGCACAUUGGGUUUCGUUACCGAAAUCACCGUCAAGCUUGCUGUCAUCCCGCAAGACACAAGUGUUGCUAUCGUUUCUUUUCCCACAAUCAAGGAAGCCGCAGAAGCUGCCACUGGCAUCAUUCGAUCGGGACUACAGUUGGCAGCCCUGGAGCUGAUGGAUGAAGUGCAAAUGUCCGUCUUGAACAAGCAUGGCAGUGAGGCUGUUCGGAAACGGAGAUGGGAUGAGAAUCCCACGUUAUUUAUGAAAUUUUCCGGAACUACUGCCGCGAUUGCUAGUGACAUCUCACGGGUUGAGACCAUCGUCAAGCCUUUCAAUGCUGGCCAGUUCUUCUUUGCCAAGACCAAGCAAGAUGAGGUGGACUUAUGGUCUGGCAGGAAAGAAGCUCUUUGGACGAUGGUGUCUAUCAAACCGGAAGGCUUUAACCUCUGGUCUACCGAUGUAGCGGUCCCUAUUUCUCGGCUGGCCGAGAUCAUUAAUGCAUCAAAAGAAAAUGCCAGCACGCUUGGCCUUUUUAAUAGCAUCGUAGGUCACGUUGGCGAUGGCAACUUCCAUCAAGCUAUCAUGUACGACCCAAAGAAUGAAUCACAAACAAAUUCAGUCGCAGCGUGCGUUCACAAGAUGAUGGACCUUGCGAUAGAGAUGGAGGGAACUGUUUCAGGCGAGCAUGCCAUUGGUUUGGGGAAAAAGGCUUGUCUGGUUGACGAGUUGGGACUUGAUACAAUCAACUUGAUGAAGACUAUCAAGAAGGCAGUCGAUCCCAAAUGGCUUAUGAACCCCGGUAAAGUAUUUGACUUGCCGAAGAAUGCCAAGGCGCUCGCUGCACCCUGA